AUGCAAGAUUAUAUCUCUAUAUUCACUUAUAAAUUAAAAGUAGUUGAUCAGAGAAAAGGUGGAUCAUUAAAAUUAACAACAGAAUAUCCUUAUAAGAAUCCUUUUGUGGUGCCAUACUUUAAAUUUGAUUAUAGAGAUGAAUUGUUUGAUAAAAGAGCAAAGUUUUACAAGAUUUUCAUUCCAACAUAUAUAUUAAUGGUUCUCUCAGGAUUCUUAAUAUCUGCGUUAGUUACACGCAGCAAGAAGUAA